CUCCUCCCCUAUCUCCCGAAAUUGACACCCAAAUCCCUCUCUCCAUUAACGAUUUCAAAUCCCAUGGCCUAAACUCCUCUCCAUAAUUCACGCCUAUUCACUUCCGCUCUCGCGCUUUCUCUCCCUCUCUUCUGUUAUCGACUAACUGCACCAGAUCCACUACCAAUAGCAGAGAUGGCGAACCCACCGCUGCUAGCGCACUACUGUCUGUUAGGUCUCUCUUUGCUUUCCCCACACUAACACCCACAGUUUGAGGCCUCUCUCUCUCUCUCACGAGCGACCAAAUCAACGGUGUAGAGACCACAUCGAGCAAUAGCGACUAGAUUCAUGGCAACAGAGACCACAUCCUCCGGCGGACAGAGACUAGAUCUCCGACCACAUGCUCCGGCAAUACUAAACAAAGCAAAGCUUUGAUAUACUUGUGUGAAGUCGCCGGAAAUGACUGACGGGCAGGUGAUAAAGCAUGCAAGGUAUAAAUCGUCAGUCAAGGACUUUGGAGUUCCUGGUGUUCUGAAAAUGACUCGGGAGAGGUUUUUUUUUAUGCCAAAUGAUCCGAAAUCAUCUGCAAGGCUUAAUGUAGAGUUUAGAUUGGUUAAAGGUCACAAAUUUACCAAGGAGGGUUCCAACAAACAGGCCCUGCUUAAUCUCACAGUGGAUCAGGGAGGAAAUUACAUUUUUGAAUUUGACACUUUUUCUGAUCGUGAUGCUUGUUGUGAAUAUGUUGCUGCUCCACUUCAAGAUGAACAACUUAGCCAUGCAGAGAUGGAGCGUCGGAUUAGACUACUGCAGGAGGAUAGUGAGUUGCAGAAACUUCAUAAGCAGUUAGUGAUUGGAGGUGUCCUAUCAGAGGCUGAAUUUUGGGCAACAAGAAAGAAGUUGCUGGAUGAGAAUGCCAGCAGAAAAUCAAAACAACAGGUGGGGUUGAGAAAUGACAUGUUCCAUGUCAAACCAUCUUCUGAUGGUUCGUCUAACAAAGUUACUUUUAAUUUGACACCCGAGAUUAUUCACCAGAUUUUUGCUGAGAAACCGGCUGUACGCCAGACAUUUCUAAAUUUUGUUCCAAGCAAGAUGACAGAAAAAGAGUUCUGGACGAAAUAUUCAAGAGCAGAAUACUUACACAGUACGAAAAAUGUUGUUGUGGCUGCAGCAGAGGCUGCAGAAGAUGAUGAGCUGGCUGUUUUCUUGAAGCAAGAUGACAUGGCAGCAAGUGAAGCUCGGCGGAAAGUGCUCUAG